AUGAGUUGGAUUAUACAGCUAUCGUUAUUCCUACUAUACAGUUUAAAUAUAUCUUUUGCAACUAUUCUAAAUUCACCUCAAGUUCCAGUUGAUUUAACUCUUCCCGCUUUUUCUAAAGAAUGUAUUUAUUACGAUGUUACAGAUCCAAAUGCAAUCUUGGAAGUUCGUUACCAAGUCUUAUAUGGUGGUAAUUUCGAAAUUGAUUGUGAGGUUUUCUCACCAACUAAUAGCAAAAUUAUCGAUGAAAAACAAUCAAAAUUUGGUGAAUAUGUUUUAACUAAUUAUGGUUUAGGUUCUUAUCAAUUUUGCUUAAGUAAUAGUUACGGUACAGCAUCGAAAAAAGUCGAAUUUUUAAUUGGAAUUAAAGAAGAUACUGAAUUAGGUUUAGAAAACAAUCCAAAUGAUAUGGAAGAUGCUUUAGCUCAAAAUUCUUUAAAUGAAAUUCAAAGAUCCUUAGAAAAAAUUAGAAAAAUGAAUGAUUAUUUGAGAGCAAGGGAAUGGAGAAAUCUGUACACUGUUGAAUCUACUAAAAGUCGUUUGACUUGGUAUUCCAUUACAAUUAUUUCAUUGAUGAUUACUAUUUCAAUUGUUCAAUCAUUAAUUAUUCAAUUUUUUUUCAAGAGAGGUCAACGCUAUUAG